AUGGCAAAGACCCUCUUCACCGCAAAGGUCUUUCUAGAGGAUGCUGUCCACCUGAAGGACGACCCUCAGCGAUUGGGCCUCGUCGUGAAGACCUGGCACGACUUUGACUCGGGCGAAGACGAAGAAGACGAAGACUCGACCGGACCUCUUGGACUGCAACAAGUCUCCGUCCACUGGGCCGAUGGCUCGGCACCACAGGUUGUUCAGGAGGACGACUUGGUCGUCGUCGACAGAUCCUUUAGCCACGGCGACGUUGUCAAGCGCUCCCCCAACGACAUCAUGUCAGGAUCUGUUAUCGAUGUCAAGGUCGUACUAGACCUGCAAAAGAUCUGCCCGCCCAUGACCGGGUACUCGGGAAUCGACGCCAAGCAUGUCGACUUUGUCCAACAGUUCGUCGUAAACAACCAUAUCAUCUACGAUGGUUGGCUGGGAGUCAUCCAAGAGGUAAAAGAUGAAGUGACCCUUCUCAUGUCUGACGGCAGCAUUUGUACCGUCAAAGACUCGGAUGACUUGGACCUCGGCGACCAGUUCCACGAUCAAUCAUGCUUCUUCCCCGACUCUCUCGCCCCUGGUCAUGCUGUACAUGGGCCAUCGCGCGUCUUCAAGAACGCCCAAUAUCAAUCCAAGAGCUAUCCCAGCUCCAAACAAGGACAUGUUAUGAGGACAGAGGUCACCUCCAUCACGGUCAACUGGCUCUCUUUCAACCCCUUGGCGCUGGAUCAGACCCCAGGAGUCGCCCCUCCUCCCAGGGAGCUGGAUGACUUUGAAAACAUCAUUGUUUACAAGAGUGUCGAGCAGCAUUGCACGUAUGAACUUCUGGACCGGGUUAAGAUCGUGCAUCCUGCGACUCUGAAAGCCUUGGGUCUCAAGACAUACUGUCCCUUCAUGAAGAGCAAGCCCACUCGACUUCAGUGUCCCCACUACCACAGGCAUGACACAGAGUUUGCCACUGAAGAGAUGCAAGUCGUCGGAACAAAGACAGUGGUGACAGUGCUGUGGCAGGAUCUCACCGUGUCGACAGACUUAGCCUCGACAGCCAUUGUCCCAUACCUUAACAUGGACGAUCAGGAUGUAUGGCCCACCGACUAUGUGCUUCUGAAGCCAGGCGAGGUCUUGAUGGACGAGCCCGGUGGCCUUAACUUUGACCGCAAAAAGUCAGACAUGCUUGGAAUCGUUCAGUCUGCCAACGCCAAGGAGCGAACAGCGCUGGUCAAAUGGUUCAGCGAGGAGCGCGAUGAAGGACUGGAACAGGAGGCUGAAGAGUGUUCGUUGUAUGAGAUCAUGUCACACCCCGAUCUCAAGUUCAGGAUGGGUGACACGGUUGUUGUGAGUCGAGAGCGUGAGCAAAAUCCUUCUUCGGACAUUGCGCCAAGAGCACCCAGCGUUGCCGAGAUUUUGUCGUUGGUGGUUCGUGGCAAGGAGAUCUAUAAUGAGCUGUUCAAACAAGUCCCCAAGGUCUACGCCGACAAACCAUGGAAGAUAGAGCGAAGAGGAAAGACCUUAUUGAAGCGCUAUGGCGUCGAGGGAGUCGAGGCAUUGGAUCGUUAUCUCUCCGAGACCAACAAGAUGGCGUCUAAGACGAUUCACAGGCUUGUUGACCGCGGCGACCCAUUGAAGCCUGCCAUUCCAGACGAUGUAUUGGCCAACUUACCUCAGGACGAGAAAGACGCGGAGACCAUCAGGACGCGGCUGAACUGGGUCGGACAGAUCUGGAAAGUAUACCCUGAUCAGCCCACUGCCCGCAUUCGUUUCAUGGACGGGAGCGAGGAAGAUAUCCCUGUCGGCAGGAUUAUGGUGAUUGAGGAUGAGGAUGACGAUGACGAGGAAGACGAUAGUCAGGAUGAGGGAGCGUUUGAAGAGUACGAUUUCGACCAGGCGAAUGACACUGAGUCAGGCGAGGCUUCAUCCGACGAUAGCUGGGAGACCGAUUCUGAGGCCGGCGCCGAUGAUGGAUCCACGAGUGAUGUCGAUGACGAUGAGGAUAAAGCUACUGAAUCCAAAACCAAGACAAAUGGGUCGGCACUCGAGGCUAACGCAGCGAGCAAGAAUGCAGUCCAGGAAGAAACCAAUGGACAUGGAAAAAAGGUUCCUGAGCCAGAGUCUGUGAUUGCAGACCCACUGCCAGAGCCCGAGGAGAUUAUUUCCGACCAGAAUGAUGCCUCAAAAACACAAGCGGCAACAGUGGCAGAGCAUAAGGACUGGAGAAGUUUUGCGGUGCUGGAAGAGACACCCGCCGACCAUCAUUUUUUGCAGAACACCCACGACGUCCAACACACCGAUAGAGCUUGGUUUAAGCGGAUCGCCAAGGAGCACGCCAUCUUGUCGUCGUCGCUACCGGAUGGAAUCCGAGUCCGUGCCUUUGAGGAUCGAAUGGACUUGCUGAGAGUCCUUAUCCAAGGCCCCGAUCAUACCCCCUACCGUAAUGCCCUCUUCCUCUUUGACUUUAAGCUGCCCAGUCAGUUCCCUAGCCAGCCACCAAUUGCGUUUUUUCACUCAUGGACUGGCGGCAUUGGCAGGAUCAACCCGAACUUGUAUGAGGAUGGAAACGUUUGCUUGAGUCUUUUGAACACAUGGCAUGGCAAGGAUCAGACAGAGACCUGGACCCCUAGCUCAAGUAUCCUUCAGCUCCUGAUCUCUCUGCAAGGUCUUGUCCUUGUCCCUGAGCCAUAUUAUAACGAAGCAGGAUUCGAAAAGUUUGUUGGUACUGAAGAAGCAGCUCGCAAUUCGGAACUCUACAACGAGAAGGUGUACCUGUUGUCCUUGAAGACGAUUCAAACAAUCCUGAACCACCCCCCGACACCACUGAGCAAGGAGGUGCGGUAUUUCUACUUUGAGCGACAAAAGCUAGAGCAGGUUGUGAUCGAAGGUCUUGAGCUCGUUGCAUAUUCUGAAGCUGAAGCUGACGCAGAGGCUGAAUCAGCAGAUGGCACAGAGCGGCAGGACGAGAGCAGUGGUACGGAGAAGGAGGCAGGACCGAUGAUCAAGCGGAUCAGCAAGGGAGCGCUAAAGAUGUUGAAGAAGCACAUUGAUGCGCUUAGUCAUUUCUUGGAGGAGUAG